CUCGCCUCCCAGUGUUCUUACAUUUUCCACGUCCUCCACAAUGAGGAAGUUGCCUUACCAGUAACCAAGGUGUUUCUCGGCACCGCCCGGUAGACAAAGCCAUGGCAUUCUGAGGAACUAAACACUGCAGAAAAACAAGCGUGGCUACUGCAAGCUCGUGUUGAGGAGCUCAUCUUUGUUCAAGUUUUGGAAGACAUGAGUAGAAGUCCUAAACCAAUGGAUAUUACAAACCCGCCAGAAGCAGUGCCUCAACUGAGCAACGAAGAACAGCUAAGAAUAUUAAACAAGGUAAAAAUGGGUGAGAUGACCAUCCAAGAAGCUUUGGUGUGGGCAAGCAAGGGGACAGGUGAAGCUACGAAACAAACCUCACAAACACAGCAGCAGGUGGAAAGCACGUCACAGUAUAAUUUCAGUGUCUACAAAUGCAACAGAUACAGAUGGCAGAAACGAAUAUUGCAGAUUGAUUUCAAUUCAAAGGUUAUUUGCAGCAUUGAGAAAGGGACUGUGAAAAAGCAGUUUCCUUUUACACAAAUCAAGUCCUGUGAAGACAGGGAAGGAACUAGAUUCUCAAUUUCCUUUCACGACCGUCAGGAUUAUGAGCUUGAAGCCAAUUCUCAAGAAGACAAAAGAAAAAUCAUGCAGCUUGUAAAUAAAGUUAUAUACAAUAAUAUAUAUGUGCUUCCAACACAAGUUAGUUCGGCAGUUAACGAAGAACCCCCAAAAUCAGGGAUUAUACGUGAAGGACGGCUGGAUUUAGAGAGAGGAGAGCUGGCUUCUGUCAAAUGGGUGAAGUAUUUAGUACAACUGCAUGAAGGUGAGCUCAUCCUGCAGCACACAGACCACACCACAGGGAUUGAGGACUCAGACCCUUCCUCCACUGUCAUCCACAUCUCAGAUGGUAACGCGAGCGUUGAGAAGCAGCAUGGAUGUGAUGCCUUUACUGUGCACACCAAGAAAAACGAGUAUCAGUUUAGGGUACCGGUUAGCUGUCAGUUCAAGAGUACAGAAGAAAUAAAGAAAGAGCGGGAUGAAUGGGUACUGGCCAUCGAUAAGUUUUGUCUUCACUGGAAACGUAAAUCCCAAUUCAAACCUGAAGAUGAUGGGAUAUAUUCAGUCAUACAGGAGAGUCGGGUCAUGGACAUCAAAGAUCAGGUGGCAGAGAAGGAGCCGGUUUCACCUGUCAGUGGAAACACACCCCCCCCACUGCAAACGUCCCCUUCGGAACCAAACGCUGCGAACGCUGUUUUUCCCCAGACCCCAUCUUCUACGCAGUUACCUCCCAGUAAACUGGCACAGACGGUGUUUCAAGCUCCUUCUCCGAAGUCACCUGCAACAGUGCCUCCUCCCCCAGAGUGUGUAACGACACCAUCCAUCCCGGCACCGCCCCCACCUCCACCACCUCCACCACCAUCUCUAAGUCUGCAAUCCAAAUCUAUAUCAACGAGGACAAAAGCAUUUCACUGGGACCUGCUGUCUCAAGACAAGAUUCCAAAGUCUAUAUGGACACAGUGCAACACAGAGAAGAUCAAGAUAGAUGCAGAUAUGCUCAAUGAUCAGUUCAGGGUCCAAGAACUAGGAACCAUCGCUGGAGUGGAGUCUGCAACAAACCAUCAGAUCUUGCUAAAUCAGAAAGUGGCACAUAAUUUUAAUAUUUUUCUCAGAAGCUUUGAUGUAAAGCCCUACGAGCUGAAAGAAAAGUUACACAUUAUAAACGCAAAGGACGGCGGGCUUACAGACGAGCAAAUCUCAUCCCUCCGGAGGUAUGUGCCUACACCAGAUGAUAUAGAAAUGUAUAAAUCAUACAAGGGUUCACCAUCCGAGCUUCAUGUGGUUGACCAGUAUAUGAUGGAGAUGUGCAAUAUUCCCAAUUUAGAUAAUCGACUGGACCUUUUGCUCACGAUCAGAGAACUUCCGAUUAGUGUGGAUGACCUUCAGCCUCUGAUAAACCAGAUGAUUAAAAUGUGCACUCAGUUGCGGAACAGCAAAUCAUUUGUUUCUGUGUUAAAGUACCUGCUAGUUGUUGGCAACUACCUCAAUGAGAACGCUGGGAAGGAGAAGGCCAAAGGUUUCCGACUCUCUUCUUUAACAAAACUCACACAGAUGCGUGGAAAGGAGAGAAAAGUCACCUUGCUGCAUGCCCUUGUCCAGCAGAUUGUGUUACAUGAACCCGACUUGGCUAUUUUUUUCCAAGAGUUGACAGAAUUUGAAGAUGUUCCAGGGGCUUCAGUUAAAGGACUUACUGCAGAAGUGGAUGUUCUGAAGAAUGAGCUGCGGAAAAUAAUUCAACACAAAAAGGUUUUAAAUAAAGUUUUAAAUAAGGUUAACCGGGAAACACAGUUUUACAAAGACCUGAAGACUGUACUUCAGAAGUAUGAAGCAGACCUUUCUCAGCUGACUAAGAAAUGUGACGAGAUGAAGAAACUGUACAGUGACAUAUUGGUGAAAUUUGGGGAGCCACAAGAACAGGACUCACAGGAGCUUUUCGGAUGGGUGUGCUCAUUCAUCAGCAAUUUCAAGAGGAUUUAUGAAGAAAUCAUUGCAUAAGGACUUUCAAGACGAGCAGUAUGCAUUAUUAUUAUGCAAGGGCAGGAUUUAUUUCAAGAAAUUGUUUCAAUGGCAAACAUACAACUAGAUUUGCAACUUAAAAAACAUUAUCUGCCAACAUUAAGGUUCUGUUAAAGUCAAUUCCCAUUUCUGUCAGAAGGUCCGUCGAAAGUCGAUUGAUUUGUAAUUAUAAUUUAAUGAAUCUGAAACUAAUGCUUCUGAUUAAAAGAGGCCCCAUUCUGAUAACACCACAUCAGUCUUCUUAUACCACAGUUAAACCUCUAUUAUCCAAACUAAAUAGGAGCAAGGGGUGUUUUUAAAAUCAAUUUGUUGGGAUGAUAAUAUUAUAAUGGUAUUUACAAUAAAUUGAUUAAAAACUCUAGAAAUAAUUAAAGCACAACUCAUCUAAAUAUGUUGGGGACAGUAAUUGAGUGUACUGUAAAUACUGGAGAGAGUGUGGUUAGCACACAUUCUCUAGGACAGAAGAGCCGUGCACACAGCAAUACAGGUUAUUAAUAUAACACAUUUCUUUAUUGGCUUCCAAUUCCCUCCGGUUUACUGCUAUUAUUUAGUUGUAUUAUGGUUUCUACAAGUUAGCACCUUUCCAGUGUUCUGGCUUGGCAUUGUACACCUUGUUUCCUGCUCCUCCACAGCACCAAAGCUGGGAGUUCUUUGUUUUAGUGCUCUUUGGGAGGGUAUCCAUGCAGUUUAGAAACUCCAAAUUCUAUCUCAAUUUAGCACGCACAUUCCUGCAAUAGGAAGUGUGUGGCCAAAACAUGAUAUGAUUUAAAAGGGUGGGUAAAUCAUCUUUUCACACUAAAAAGCCACACAAAUUUUUUUCAUGGGAACAUGUCCGAAAGCUGUACCUUCUAUUUCACAAGACUUCAGCAGUGAAGAUCCCAUUUGUGAAGUAACCUUGCACAACCUUUUACUGUAACUAAAGGCUCCGAGCAAUUCUUUAUUAACAACUGAGAUUGUCUGGAAGUAGCUCUGGCAAACUCCUGUGACCAAAUAGAGGGGAAAAGCUUUUAUCCACUCUGAAUGUGCUUGGUGUCUGGCCAGUAGGGUUUGCUGUUGUGUGAUGAGGAGAAGCAAUCCCUGCUGGCUUCCCCUCCCCCACCACGGGAGUGUCAGAGCCAAUGUGACGCCCCCUUCGGAGUCCCGGACGCGAACUGACACCAUCCAGGCUGUAUGAUUCAUCCUGUGCUCCCUAUCGGCAGCGCUUUAACUGGAUGAGCCACUCAGGGACCCUGUGCUGUGAUGUUUUUGUACUGUUUUGUAACAGUGUAGUGUAACACUUCACUGCAGUUUCUGUCUCCGAGUCUCUGAUUCCUGCCGGUACUAUCUUGGGCCAAAGCGCUAUCCUGUGACAGGAUCAAAAUUGCUGAAGAUACAGUUCUGUAGGAAAACUUGUCUUUAUGUCUAUAACAGGUUUAUAAUAAAUAGAUAUAUGCAGUCAAAAUAUAUAUGCAUGCAAAUAAUACAUGGAUAGUACACAGUGCUUUCUUGUAGAAUGAUGAUAUUUGUGAGUUUUUUUGUAUUCAGUAUUUGUUGGAACACAGACAGAAACAUUGAAAUAUACCUUCCCAUAUUGUAAUAUUAAAUAUGUCAUUUGCAUUUGGAAGGAGAAUUUCUUUCCCUAAAGGAAAACUACAUGGAAACCAAAAUUUGCCGGAAAGUACUACCAAAAUCACGUGAGAAAGAGGUGAACGUAUUUUUUAUUUUUCCAUGAAAACCACGCCUAUGCUGCAUUUUAUCUACGGCUCCAAGGCUUUGGAACAAUUUCCCCUCGUCUGUAAUUCCAGCUCUCAAUAACAAUAUAGACUCACAUUAAACUUGGGAUUGUGCUUGAAUUGUAACUGCAGCUUGCUGUUUCAAACAGAGCCCUGUAUCAAUGAUUUGUAUAGCCCCUCAGCCCCACACAGCUGUAAAAUUGACACAACGGGACCAUCUUCAAACUACAUUUCUCCGAAGUUUCUGGAAGCAGUUCAUGUUACAGAAUUAGAGAGACAGAUCUUGAAGCUGCAGUGCCCUGCUAUAAGUUUAUGGUAAAUUAUGAUUUAUAGGUGACUGUUUACAACAUUUGUCUUUUGUUUGCCAUUGAUGGCAUGUAGUACUUCAUUACAAACUAGACCAAGAGCCCACUGAACCUUUUCAAAACAUUCUAGCAAUAAACAAUGGGCAUGUGGAAAAAAUCCUGCACACCUGUCCUUAACUAACAAGCCAGUUAGACACAACUAAUACUAACAUCAGCAUUCACACAUUCCUCUUAAUGGGCACCAUAAAGAGAUGUUCACACUUUAUCAUUUGGGAGUGAACAGCACAUUACCCAGGAAUAUAGGAAUAUGAAAUCAAGGUUGUAAAUACACUGAACAUACAUUUUACAUUUAAAGGGUGGUCUAGUUACUCUUUAACAUAAGCAAUAUUAUAGGAGGCUGUGUGGUCCAGUGGUCUCCGUCUUUCAGGUGAGAUGUAAUUGUAAGUGACUCUGCAGCUGACGCAUAGUUAACACAGCCUAGUCUCUGUAAGUCGCCUUGGAUAAAGGUGUCUGCUAAAUAAACAAAUAUUAUCUUAAAAUCACAUUUAAGGGGAUUAAAAAAACAAUUAUAUUUCCUUGUGAUCUUACAGCAGAUACAUGCUCCACUUUUUAGAGAAACCCAAUAUUUGAAAUAAAGCUAAGCUAUUUUAAUGUAGGUUUUGAUGGAAAGUUGCACAUACAUUUAAGUGUCAUGAAUGGAAUUUGAAUUAAUGUGUACCGAUAAAUCUACUUUCAAAAUAAUCAUUUAAAACAUAUCUGUUUACACGAUUUGUGUGUACAUUUUAUCAUGUGCCUGUCAAAAUGCGAAAGACCUUAAGUUAUAUUUGUUACAGUUAUUCCAUGUUAGUCUAAUACAAAAUAUCAAAAAGUUUGACAUAUUUUGACAAAAUAUGAUCUCAUUAUUGUUAAUCACUAUAAUAAGUGGUACAGGACUUGCACUCUCGUAUCUGAGUUCUUGCCAAAUAACUUUGUCUCCACAAUUUAGCAAGUUUUAUUUUGCUAUUGUUUUUUUUUUUUUUCAUCUGAUGCCUUGAAAAUAAGAUGAACCAUCUCAAUAGACCUGUAUCUUGAAACAAAUAAAUAAAUAAAUAUAAAAGUCUUAUAA